UUUCUGCACGUAUAAAUGUACGCAAUGCACUGCCCGCACGACCGUCUUCCACAGUAUACCACGACGUGUCUGUUCGUGAAGUGGUUUCCGGAGGAGUGCAGAUUUUUCCAGGAAAGACAUCAUAUAAAAAAAAAAGAGAAAACGCGAACAAAUUGCGUCACUAACCCAUAUUGAUAUUAUUGGUCCUGAGAGACUCAUAUGCGUCUAAAUACAGAUGCACCCUCGUGCUUUCCACGUCCUCGCCUUCAUGCUGACUGCAGUCGUAAGGGCCGGCUGUGACGAUAAAACAAAAUGGUACUCUGAGUUACGAUCCAUAAUCAAGAAUUGUCCAUCAGUGACGCAAAACAGCUCCGAUCAGGAUGAAUUAUUGGACAUUUUUAGAAGAUGCGUGCAGCAGAGAGCCAUUGACACUUUGGAUACUCUCCUCGACGAUGAUGUUAUUACGAUAUUCAACGGAGUCGAUCUGAUACGACUUCAUUCAAACGAUGAAAACAAUACAGAAUAUAAAGAUGAUUCUGCUGAUGAGUUAGAAGAGGAGGAUAUCAGUUGGUCGGCAAUCAUCUGGAAUCGAAUGACACGCGUCCUGCGGACUCACGCUUUUAAAAUUGACGUCGAUCGUAUAUUUAAUGCAGCUGCUAACAGUCCGAUGUCCGCACAAAAUCUGGAUAAUAAUAUCGUUCAGGGUCGGAAACGCCGUUACCGUCGUAAGAAUCACGUGUUUCCGCUGAUGAUGAUGGGCCUGCUGUUGAUAGGUACGAUUCUAGUGCCGAUGGGUUUUCAAUUCCUUGCGGUGUUGGGUGGUAAAGCCCUGAUACUCGCCAAAAUGGCUCUUAUAUUAUCCAGCAUACAAGGUCUGAAAAAGAUAGCUACUAGUGGCGUUAAUUACGGAUUAUAUCACGUCUCGGAUGGUUGGCAUGACAGAAGUCAUCAGGUACUUCCCAACGAGGAUCAAGAACAUUAUCCGUUAUAUAUGCCUCCGCGUCCUUAGUUCUUUGCCAAGUGAAAUUUUAAGUACAAGUCAUUCGAGAAAGUUCCAACGCGACGCGCAUUGUACUUUCGUC